AACAAUGCUUCGUCUCCGAUUAUUCCACGAAACACCGCGUUUUUGUUUACAUUUCUUCUCUCUCUCUCUCUCUCUCUCUCUCUCUCAUCUCUCAUCGCCGUCAGGUUUUGCCCAAAUUUCUCGGUCUUCUUCACUCCCGCGAGUUUUCUAUCUUUCCUAGAUUUUCUCGGGAAAAUUUUCCAAUUCCAAGCUCCAUUGAAGCCAAGUAAGAGGUGCGAUUCUCUUCUUUUUGACUUUGGAACUUGUAAAUAGCGUAUGGAUUUUAGCUGGUUAUGGAUAGAAUUCUAGCUCGUAUGAAGAAAUCAUCGGGACGAAGAGGAGGAGAUAAGAUUACUCCGGUACGGCGGUUAGAGCGUCGUGAUGCGGCGAGGAAUAUCAAUUAUGAUGCAGCGUCUAGUUCUAGUUCGUCAGCUGAAGAUCUUUCCGUUUCAACUUCUUCGUUGAUGACUCGCUCUUUGGAGUUUCCUGAGCCUACUAGUUUUCGAAUCGGUGGAGGUGGUGAAGGAGAAAUGGAUCGGAUUUAUCGGUCUCUUGGUGUUUCUGGUCCUGAUGAUUUGGCGAUUUCUUUUGAUGCUUGGGAAGCUUGUAAGAAGCGUUCUUCUUCUGAUGUUGUUAAUAGGUUUAAGUCUUUUGACAUUGAUAAUCAUAAGGUUCAGGAGAGGGAUUUGAAUGAAGCUGGUCCUAGUGGUGUUGUUGUUACUUCUAAUUCAUUGAAUCAUCUGGAUUUGAGUGAAGCAGGUCCUAGUGGUGUUGUUGUUGCUUCUAGUUCAACGAAUCGGGACAUUAAUGAGUUGAUGCCUUCCGAGUUGAGUGAGAUUGGGAAUUUAAGUACUCCUGUGGAUAGAGUAGUAGUUGAUGGUGGUACGCCAGGAAUUGUAGAGAAUAGGCGUGCUUUUGAACGAACACCGACUAUUUUGGUGAAGUCGAAAGGGUAUCUUGUUCCCAAUGAUGUAGUCACUGUUGGUGGUGGUAUUAAGGGGGUAAGACCACCAGUACUUAAGCCUCCUCCGGCGAUGAAACGACCUCCUAUUGAUCUCCGGGGAUCUUCUUGGGAUUUCCUUACACAUUUCGCUCCAAGUGAAACAGUUAAGCGGCCUAGUUCCUCUUCUUCUUCUUCCGAGAAUGGCUGUGAUGACGAGGAAGCUAAGGUAGAGGAAGUGGAAACGGAAGAGAUGGGAGCUAGGUUUGUUCAGUUGGGGGAUACAGCUGACGAAGCAUGCUCAUUCACUACAAACGAGGGUGACUCCUCAAGCACAGUAUCCAAUACUUCGCCGAUCUAUCCUGAUGGAGGAUCUAUCAUUACGUCUUGGCAGAAGGGUCAACUUCUGGGACGAGGAUCAUUUGGUUCUGUGUAUGAAGGCAUUUCAGGAGAUGGGGACUUCUUUGCUGUCAAGGAAGUUUCACUUCUUGAUCAGGGAAGUCAGGCACAAGAAUGCAUACAACAACUUGAGGGGGAGAUUGCACUACUUAGUCAGCUUCAGCAUCAGAAUAUUGUGCGAUAUCGUGGUACAGCCAAGGACGGGUCAAAUUUGUACAUUUUUCUUGAGCUUGUAACCCAGGGCUCCCUUCUAAAACUCUACCAAAGAUAUCAGCUUCGGGACUCUGUAGUUUCCUUGUACACAAGACAGAUUCUUGACGGUUUGAAAUAUCUCCACGAUAAAGGUUUUAUUCACAGGGACAUCAAAUGUGCCAAUAUAUUGGUGGACGCUAAUGGCGCCGUCAAACUUGCAGAUUUUGGAUUGGCAAAGGUGUCAAAGUUCAACGACAUUAAGUCCUGCAAGGGAACUCCAUUUUGGAUGGCUCCAGAGGUUAUUAACCGGAAGGAUAGUGAUGGGUAUGGAAGUCCAGCUGAUAUUUGGAGCCUUGGGUGCACUGUACUGGAAAUGUGUACUGGGAAGAUCCCCUACUCCGAUCUAGAACCCGUUCAAGCCCUGUUUAGGAUCGGAAGGGGUACGCUUCCGGAAGUACCUGAUACUUUAUCACUGGACGCUCGGCAUUUCAUACUUAAAUGUCUCAAAGUGAACCCGGAAGAGCGGCCAACUGCAGCUGAACUACUGAACCAUCCCUUUGUGAGAAGGCCCUUACCAUCUAUGGGCUCAGGAGGCUCGGGAUCAGCAUCUCCGCUACUCCGUAGAUGAGGCUAAUUUUAGUAAACUGCCUCUAAAGGCAUAACCAGAAGAUUUAUGAGAGGUUAGACCCCAGAGAAACUAUUGGGGAGACACGAGAUAUGAUUCUUCUUCAGCACACACAGACAUGCGUGGUUGGGUUGCGCAGCAAGAGCCAAACUUCCUGGAGACAUAUCUUGAGGUAGUUUCGGUCUCAUUCGUUGUUUGUUGUAAGUUAUUAUGUGUUGGGCUUGAAAACUGAAGAGCCUUAUUUUUCUAGGAAUUAGAAUGUCGACCUUGGGGUUUUGGGUGUAUAGGUUUUGUUUAGCUUUUGUUAAAUUAUAGUGUAUCUCUGUAUGUAUCCUAUAUCAUGUAAUGUAAUGUAUAAUUAUAGUUGGUUCUUAUCUAGUUCCUGAUUGUUGUAACUGUGUACACAUCGAUGGGUUUAAUCUUCUAUUUGUCUCAUACUUGUAUAGUUAUAUACUUA